AAUUGUUAUUGUUUUAUUAUUAUUUCAGGCUUUAGUGACUUGGCUGGAACACGAUUCAGAAAACAGGAGCAAAGAUGCCAGUAAAUUAUUAGGUUUAGUCAAAUUACCGUUGCUAUCACCCGCGUUUAUAGUUGAAAAUAUUGAGAGUAACGAAAUGUUGAAAGACCAAAGAAUGGUGCAGGAAUUAGUAAUGGAAGCAUUGAAGUAUCAUUUGCUGCCUGAGCAAAGACCUUUGCUUCAAACAGGCAGGACGAAACCCAGAAAAGCCACUGUGGGUACGUUGUUAGCUGUCGGAGAGAUGCACGCUAAUAAUGGUGCAACAUCUAUAGAUGCAUUUUCAUUACGCGAUAAUGCCUGGAGAUAUUUAGCAGCUAUGAGCAAUAGAAAAUUCUUUGCCACAGUGGUAUACGAUAAGAAAUUGAUUAUCGCGGGCGGUAGAAACGAUUUUAAUAUAUUUAACACAGUAGAAUGCUUCGAUUUUUCCACUCUUACGUGGAGCACUCUACCACCUAUGAAUGUUUAUCGAGUAGGAUUAGGAGUGGCAGUCUUAGGUGGACUUUUGUAUGCUGUUGGUGGUCACGACGGUCGUUGUUAUCUUAAUGCGGUAGAGAGAUGGGAUCCGGGAACAGGUCAGUGGAGUUCAAUAUGUCCUAUGUCCGUACAAAGAUUGGGAGUCGGUGUAGCUGUGUUAAAUGAUAAAUUGUACGCUGUAGGAGGAAGAAAUAUCAAUUCCUGCUUAAAUACAGUAGAAUGUUACGAUCCGCGCACGAACAAAUGGACACCGUGCGCACCUAUGUCGAAGAAACGAAGCGGUGUAGGCGUAGGAGUAGUGAAUGGUUGUCUUUAUGCACUCGGUGGUAACGACAGUUUAGCUAGCAAUCCCAAUGUUAGCAGAUUCGACUGUGUAGAAAGAUAUGAUCCUAAAACCGAUACGUGGACUAUGGUUGCGCCAAUGAGUGUGCCCCGGAGUGAUGUUGGUGUGUGCGUAUUAGGUGACCGACUUAUGGCCGUGGGGGGAUACGACGGCCAACAAUUUCUCACACUAGUGGAAGCCUACGAUCCACAUCUCAACGAAUGGGAACCUGUUGCUCCUCUUCAGACUGGCCGUGCGGGACCCUGUGUUGCUGUUGUAAAAAAUUUAACCCAAUGACAUGUAGAUUAUUUUUACUAAACGAUCAGUAAUUGCACUUGCUAAUUAUGCAAUUUAUAUUUGUAAUUGCAAAUGAUUUAGGUGUUUCAGAAAUAUGACAGAAUCUGCUCUCUUGUGAUAUUGCAUGCAUGUUAAAUUAGUCACAUUGUUAUUUUC